UCAGUCGAUAGCUCCAUCGCUGGUGGGAACUUACGUUUGGGAAGAGGGUAGAACAGCGAAAUAUACGGACUACGGUGGCGUUGUAGCCUUUGUUGUCGUUUGCUUCUUUAAUUUUCAUUUUUUGGACCCAUGGAUACUUGUUUGUUUCGAGGUGAAGAACGCAUAUUUCCCUCGUGAUGCUAUAUGAACAAUGAUUACCGUCUGUGCGCUACCGUAAUUUAUGCCAUCAAUGAGGGGGAAAUGGACUGAAUGCAAGCUGAUUACUUUCUCUACCGCCAAGGCACCGCUCCAUGCAGGGACAGAAUAAACACACAUUUAGUUGUAAAUGAAAGUUUUAUAUACCAUUGUAGAUGACGGCUCUUAUUUUCUGAAUAUAUUUUUUCCGUCUCUGAAUCGUUUUCAUCAUCUGAUUUUUGGUUGCUUGGACGUUGCACUGUCUCCGGGAAAUAAGGAUUUUUUUUAUAUGAGGAAGCUAUUUAUUACAGAGAUACCAAAAAGAAAGAGGCCUUUCCGUUUUCAAGGCCGGAUUUGAGUUCAAUAGGGUAAAAUGGUAAACAACCCAAAUGGAUAAAAUAUGGAUAUCAUGGGACUUAUUGGAAUGUAAUAUUAGAGGAGUGGGAUUGCUUUCAAUAACGUUUCGUGCAAGUUUGAAGCAUCAAAAAAAGAUAACAGGCCAUUGUAGUCACAAUCACUAAAUCUAUUUGACUCAAAUUAAGGGAAGGGGUGUUGUUGUCAUUGGCACAUUUGCAGUUGUGCCAUCAGCAUAUAUGCAACAUUUUUUUUUACAUGAUUUGUAUGUUGCUUUUUUAUUGCAAUUUGAGCUGGACCGAGCUUUGACUGUUCAAUGGAAGUAUGUUAUCAGUUACCGGUUUUGCCUCUAGACAGACCGGUUCCUAAACAUGUUCUCAGCCGUAGGGGAGCCAUUAGCUUCAGCUCCAGUUCGUCUCUUUUUGGUGGACCUGCCCCAAGACAGCUGUCCAAGAGACGAGGGGCGAUCUCCUAUGACAGUGAGGAUCAAACGGCUCUCUACAUUCGGAUGCUCGGUACGUAUGGAGAUGUGAGAGUCAGAAGCCAGGUGGGGUUUGAACCAGAGCGAAGAGGGUCUCAUCCCUACUUGUAUGUCGAUUUCCGAACUUUGCAUUCCCGACCUGAGGCUGCGCGGCCUGUGUCUGCCAGGAAUGUCCGAAGGCUGCUGAGCUUUCAGAGGUACCUCCACUCGUCACGGUUCUUUCACGGCAUCCCAGCCAACAACCCUCUAGGCUACAUCCUUGACGAUGACUUCACAGGUCAAGCCAAGUUAAUGCUGCAGAAGGUUGGAAACUGGAACUUUGAUAUUUUCCUGUUUGACAGACUUACGAACGGGAACAGUCUCGUCAACCUGACCUUUCACUUAUUCAACACUUAUGGGUUAAUUGAGCUCUUCCAGUUGGACAUGGUUAAACUUAGAAGAUUUUUAGUCAUGAUUCAAGAGGACUACCGCUGCCAGAACCCCUACCACAAUGCAGUCCAUGCUGCAGAUGUGACUCAGGCCAUGUAUUGUUACCUGCAGGAGCCCAAGCUUGCUGAGACGCUGACCUCCUGUGAUCUCCUGCUGGGUCUGCUGGCUGCUGCCACCCAUGAUCUGGACCAUCCAGGUGUCAACCAGCCUUUCCUCAUCAAAACUGACCAUUACCUAGCAGCACUGUACAAGAAUAGCUCAGUUUUGGAGAAUCACCACUGGAAGUCUGCGGUGGGCCUGCUCCGCGAAUCAGACCUGCUGUCCCACCUCCCCACUGAAGACCGAUUGAACAUGGAGGAGCGGCUUGGAUCCCUGAUUCUGGCUACGGACAUCAGCAGGCAGAAUGACUAUCUUUCAGAGUUCAGGACACACUUGGACAAGGGAGACCUCUGCCUCACUAACGGAGGACAUCGACACUUUAUCCUUCAGAUGGCUCUGAAGUGUGCGGACAUUUGCAACCCCUGCCGACCGUGGAAACUCAGCAAACAGUGGAGCGAGAAAGUGACAGAGGAGUUCUUCCACCAAGGUGACAUUGAGCGGAAACAUAAUCUUGAAGUAACCCCACUCUGUGACAGGCAAUCCAACUCUGUUGCCAAUAUACAGAUUGGUUUCAUGGCUUACGUGGUAGAGCCUCUGUUUGUGGAAUGGUCACGCUUCUCAGACACACGGCUGUCCCAGACCAUGAUGAGCCACCUGAGCCUGAACAAGCAAGGCUGGAAUGAGGGGAGGGACAAGCAGGAGGCUAGCUCUAGUAGGGCCUCAGAGGAACAGAGGACUCCUGCCACCAAAGACUCAAACUCCAAAGUAUUACCUCAGGGAAGCAAAGGGUCAUGACAAGCCAAGCAUGACUGGCGCCCACGGUGAGGUGAGAAAGAGUGAAACGAAUCUCCGCAUCCGACAGAAACGACAUUACCCAGCACUCCCUGCACCACAGCAACUCAGCCACACGCUCCGCAUCUAGGUUAACCACUGUUUUUGUUUUUUAAAUGUAAUUUAACUUAAUUUAUUGAAUUUGGACCCUUUACUUUAACAGAGCAAUACAUAUAUACCUCAUGUUGCUUCUGCUGUAUGUAUUUUUAUUUAAUUUUGUACUGUAGUUCUGCUCUGACAUCACUAAUUUGACACGUCACUUUUAACAGAGACCUGUUCUGCUCUGACAUCACUAAUUUGACACGUCACUUUUAACAGAGACCUGAAGGGAAUGUUUUAAACAAGACCCUUCUGAUUAAAGUGCCAUUUGCAAACAUUUUGUUAAUGUUUUUAAAGUGAGGAAACAUUGUAUUCAAAAAGAGAGGUUCGUGUUGAAUGAAUGAGACGAGCUUCUAUGUGUUGCUGCAUUUCAGACUAAUGGUAAUACUUCCUCGUACAGGAAAUGUGACGAGCCCACUUCACUGCUGCCUCUGAAGACUGUUUACAAGCGUCUUUUGUGCUGCAUUUCACAAAUUAAACAUUGGUUCUGUAAAAAAAAAAAAAAAAAGCUCAUACUGUAUGUGAAUAACCACUCACAUGAAGUCCUUGUCCUGUUGACAACACACUGAACAAAAAUCUGAUUGCAGAACAACACAAAUGCCCUGAAAGGACUGUUUUGGUCCGUUCGUUGCUCCUUGCACUGUGAACUAUAACAGGUUUUAUGACCCAAUAGUCAGUCAGCUCAGAGACUACUUGUGUGAAAAAAGUCCAUUGGAUGUGGUAUGAAAUCUAUGUAUUUCUUUACUGAUAUGGUGUACAGUGUUUUGGUGAUUUUUAACUGUAGCCUAAUAACAAUGUUUUGUAAUGGGGAAACAGGGCAUGCGUGUGGCCUUAACCAUAGAAAUAGAAUCUAGAUUCUAUUUUUAUGGCAUUAACAUUCUUUCAACACUUGAAUAACCACUCUUCCAUACUAGUAACAGAUGACCUGAGUUGAGGGUAUAAACAGCAUGACUACUUAUUAAAGUUGAUAUUAGGUGGUCUGCCUCUGGUAGGGCUGUGCCAUGAUCUACAAUGUUAUUUUAGAGAGUCGAAGCCCUUUCUAGAAUGCAAACACAACUUUUAAGACUGGCAACAGAUACCUUUAAACUAUGCACAAAACUAAGUGACCAAACCAGUUCUUUUUUUUUUUUAAAUAUUUUUUUUUAUAAGGUCGAUCGUCUUCUCUCAAUGCAUUGUCUGACUGUUUGCCUCUGGUGUGAAAAGGAAAUGACUUGGCAUUAGUAGAUUGGACAGUGAUCCAGCCAUAACAUAAAACAUUCCAUAUUUAAUUUAUUUUUGGUAUUGUUUUUUUUAAUUCUGUACACAAGACACGAUUGUGUCUCUGGUUGGACUUUCAGUAUAUCCAAUGAAAACUGGUGCUUUUCAUAUUAUGGCAAACGUGUAUUUUCUGGUUACUAUUGCAAGACUGUUUGAUAACUGUUUACCAUUUUGAUCUAAGUCAUUUUUGGGUAGGAACUUGCGUUGCAAACUAUUUUGUGAAAAGCUUUGCCAAAUUGAUAUUUUGAUACAUGCCAGUUGCAGUUACAUUUUCAUUAAUAAAACAACUUGUCACA